AUGUUUUCCAAUGGUAAUCAUGGUAAAGCACCGGUAGUAGCGGCUACCUAUUAUUUUAAUCCAAGUUCGGCACAGGUAUCGGCAAACAAACCUGACUCCAUGUAUGUAUCUGAUCAGAGCCAGUUAAUCAAUGGUGGCAACAAUGGCGAUAUCAUUGGUGGUGGUGCUGGUAAUGGCCAACGGUUUGUGGACAACACAUGUACGGCACCCGACAGCCGCAAAGGUACCUGUUAUGAGGCAUCCGAGUGUGUCAAACGCGGCGGUAUGCCUAUGGGCCGGUGCGGCGCCGACAAUGCCGGCAGUCAAGCACCGGGAUCUGUGUGCUGUCUGUUUGAUGUUAGCUGCGGCGAAAGUGCGACCGAAAAUUUUGUCUACUUCCGCAAUCCCGGUUAUCCCGCACCGUACGACAAGUCACGUAUUUGUCGGACCAAAAUCGGUAAGAUAUCGCCUAAUGUUUGCCAGUUUAGGCUGGAGUUUCGGGCCUUUGAUAUCGCAAAACCAGUCGAAGGUAACUGUUCUCAGGAUAUCUUUACCAUUUCGGGCCAAAACGAGAAUCAUAUUGUGCCGAAAAUUUGUGGCCUCAAUAAUGACCAACACUAUUAUGUUGGUGUGGAUGAAUCGGGUGUCGUUAGCCUACAUAUAAUGAUGUUGGGCUCAUACAGGCGCCGCUUUGAUGUACUGAUCACACAAAUUGAAUGCCAAUCAGAGAAUAUCGCACCGCCUCAUUGUCUGCAAUACUAUGGAGGAACUCAUGGUGUGAUCAAAAGUUUUAAUUAUGACUACUCUGAAGAUGAUUUGGGUGCCGACAGGAAUGAGGGCUAUCCUAAUGAUGUCGAUUACAUGAUCUGUAUUCGCAAAGAACCCGGUUUUUGUUCAAUAACUUAUGAACUGUCCAGCGAUGCCGACGGUACACUGCCGUUUGCCAUCGGGUCGGGUGCACAUCAGAUGACACCCUACAAUAGCCAGUGGCCAGUAGUGGCCGAAUGCCGAGACGAUUUUAUUGUAAUUGGCGGUAUGCGUCUGUGUUCGGGUGUCGGCAAACUAAAUGCCGACGGCAGUGAACUGGCCGACAAUGGACUGUUGAAGUUGACUAAUAGACAGGACAAUGCAUUUGGUAAUACAAGUGCCGUUCAUCGGACAGUUAUGACCGAUACAACGCCCGGUCCCUUCAAUAUACGGUUUGUAUCGAAUAAUGCCAACAAUGCCCGUGGAUUUCAUAUCGGUUACCGACAAAACCCGUGCAAAUAA